AUCGAUCAGAUGAUGAGGAGGAAGACGACGAGCAUGCGCUGCCACUGAUCGAUCAUCCUAUUUGUUUAUUGCGACUGCCUAGCUUGUCUUCACGCACACAUGUGCAGUGUGCAACCGGUAUAUAUAAAGGUGUAGCGGGUGCCUCUGCCAUGGACAUUAGCUAGCUCAGCUCAGCUCACUGCCACUGCCGCUCUGCCUGCCGGCGAUCGAGGAGAAGACCGGCCGGCGGCGAGCUAGCAGGAGAGGGCUAGUGAUGGAGGAGGGGUUGCCGCCGGGGUUCCGGUUCCACCCGACGGACGAGGAGCUGGUGACGUACUACCUCGCCCGCAAGGUCUCCGACUUCGGCUUCGCCACCCGCGCCAUCGCCGACGUCGACCUCAACAAGUGCGAGCCAUGGGACCUCCCCAGCAAGGCAAGCAUGGGGGAGAAGGAGUGGUACUUCUUCAGCAUGCGCGACCGCAAGUACCCGACGGGGAUCCGCACCAACCGCGCCACGGACUCCGGCUACUGGAAGACCACCGGCAAGGACAAGGAGAUCUUCCACGGCGGCGCGCUCGCCGGCAUGAAGAAGACGCUGGUGUUCUACCGCGGGAGGGCGCCCAAGGGCGCCAAGACCAGCUGGGUGAUGCACGAGUACAGGCUCCAGUCCAAGUUCCCCUACAAGCCCGCCAAGGACGAGUGGGUCGUCUGCCGCGUCUUCAAGAAGCUCCAGUGCCACCUCGCCAAGCCCCGCCCGCCGCACGACGACGUCGACGGAGACGGCGCCUCGCCGCCGGAGAUGGUGGACGCCUCGUCGCUCGGCGAGCUUGGCGAGCUCGACGUCUCCUCCAUCCUCCUCGGCGGCUUCGCGCCGCCGUCGGGCGAGCUCUGCCAUGGCGGCGGCGGCGGAGACGGUUUCGGCGCGCACAGGCUUCAUGUCGGCGCGUACAUGAGCUGGCUGCAGGCGGCGGCGGCGGCCAACCAGGGCAUGUUCCAGUGGCCGGCGGCCACGCAGGCGGGGCUGGUCGGAGGCACCGUGUUCGCGGCGGCGCACAAGGCGGCGGGGACGAUGCCGUUCGGCGGCGGGUGCAGCCAGCAGCAAGCGCGGGACGUGGGCGUUUCUCUGGCGAACGUAGGAGGAGGCGAUGCGUUGUUCGGCGGGGCGCCGCUGGCGAAGGUGGACAUGGAAUGCGGCGAGCAGGCGCCGCAGCUGGACAUGGACGACUCCACAUGGAGAGCCUUCUGAACAUGGCCACGCCACCAUCAAUUUGGAUAAUUAUUAAGCAAACCAUGCAUACACGUAUUAUAUACUCAGUUAUAUACUAGAUGAAGAAUUAAUGUGGUCGUCAUCCAAGAUAUCCACAGUACAGUACACUACAGUCAGUUAUUAAUUAAUUAAUCAAAAAUGAAAGUGUAGUGUUGUCACCUAGAAAAAAUGUGCCGAAAAUAUUUUGGUGGAGACGGGGCCCUCAAGUUUAAUACAAAGCAGUAAGUCUAUUUUGCAUA